CCUACUCUCCUCCCAGCCUCCUCACGCUGUCGUUAAAAUCCCCCCCGGCAGUGGCUGCAUCUGCCUCAGGCCGCAAGACACCUGGCUUGCCUUGAUUGGCUGCCUUAACUCCCAAUUCGCACUUCGACUUAGAACUGUUGUGGUCUGCGACACUGCUGUACACACAUGGCUAAAUAUUCUCAUCAGAGCGUCUGGUCUGCCAUUCGCACCUGAAGGUGCCGGUUCGGGGCCAUCACUUGAUUGGCUUGGCCAGUCACUUUCGUGGCCCAAAGUUGCCACACUUUUGUCUCGAGUGACAGGAGGUCGACUCUAACGGCUGCUGACACAGACACAAACAGGCACGGUGCCAUGGCCGAGGACAAGGUCAGAAAGAGAAAAUCAUCCCACCGAAGACCUGCUGAGUUGAAAAACUCUAGAUCGCAUGAUACUCUCAACCAUGAAAAUCCCCCCUCUGGUACUACCGCCACCGCAGAUCGUUCCCCCGAUAUCCACGCCCUACGCCAGGCCAGACUUGAUUAUCAGUCUAAAACCCCCGAGGAGAGAAAAAGAGGAAUGAAAUACGAAUACGUCAAAACCACAAGGGAACUGAUUUCCGAAGAUACGGGAAAGACUGUCAAUACCAAGUCGUCCCGCCACCGGAGACGUCCAAAGGACGAUCUACACCCCAUUACUUCUUCCCGCCCCACCGAGCACGACCGGCCAGUCAAGCGACGGGACGAUAGUGACGACGAAUAUGGAUAUGAAUAUGUUUAUGAACCAGCGCGCGAGCGUCAUGAUCAUAGCAAAUCAUCGCCCCACGCCACUUCGAGUCGAAGGAAGCAUCGACGGACCUCGUCUUUGGACUCGACCAAACCGCCGAACCGUCGUCACAUCCCCGAGCGCAGACGGACAGCUCCACUAGAGCCGAUGGCACUGCGCAAUGUCACGGACGAAGAUGAUUCACAAGCUUCCGAUGCGCCGCCCCUAUUGCGAGAACAGCAUACCAAACCUACGGUCAAGAGACGUGCCACCACGCCAGCCACAACAAGAACAAGGGCAAAGCCCUCAGCAGCCCCCACUAUCACCAGGCGAAAGACGUCCAAUAUAUUAGGUGGUUUCUUCGGCAGCAGUGCUCCGGCGCCGCCUAGGAUGGUUUCUUGCCUCACGUGUGGGGACGAUGAGAUUCCGCUUCACCGUUCGGCCAAAUUACCUUGUGACCAUCGCAUGUGCCAUACAUGCCUGAAGCGUGUCUUCACCAUGUCAGUCUCAGACGCUGCGCACAUGCCACCGCGAUGUUGUACUGAGGAAGCGAUCGACCUCAAACAUGUCGAUAAGUUGUUCGAUAAUGAUUUCAAGAUCCUCUGGAAUCGCAAGUUCAACGAGUACAAGACACGCAACCGCAUCUACUGCCCAUCUCGGAGAUGUGGCGCCUGGAUCAAACCCAAAUACAUCAUCCGAGACCACGGCCGAAAGGUGGGACGAUGCAAGCACUGCGGCACCCGCGUGUGUGGGACCUGCUCGCAGAAGAUGCAUACCUCUCGAGAAUGCCCUAAAGACCCCGAGACCGCCAGAUUCGCCGAGGUUGCAAAGAAAGAAGGAUGGCAGAAAUGUUACAAUUGCUCGGCGACGGUCGAGCUGAAAGAGGGCUGCAAUCACAUGACGUGUCGAUGCAAUGCGGAAUUCUGCAUGGUAUGUGGACUGAAAUGGAAAUCCUGCGACUGCCCCUGGUUCAGCUACGAGGCGGUCGAUGCAGGUCUGGAAGAUCCGCUGCGCCUCCAGCAGGAAGUCGAUCGGCGACGAGGACAGGUGGUCCGAGAUGAGGAGAUCGCACGGGCGAUGCAGCGUCUGGCCAUGUUUGACAAUAUUCGCGCCGAACGGGUGGACCUGAUGAACGGAAAUUUCAUGCAGCAAGCAAGAGAAGCCCUCACGGCCAAUUAUGCGCACGCCGGUCGGUUGCUGAACCAGAUCAUGAUGCAGAGGGACGUGAAUUCCGCGGCCACACAUGGCGCAGGCCCUGAUGAUGUGAUUGCCAUUCCUGAUUCUGCGGCCGAGGAUGAUGUUGGCCAUCGUCCUGCUCGACGCCUUACUGCGAGGGCAAGACGCAGGAGAACUUCUAGGGGUGCAGAUGAAUGAUGACUUGAUGCACGGGCCAAGCACCCCUGAAGCUUAAAGUGGGAGAGGAGAAUAUUGAGAUAUGGUUAUGUGUAUCUCACCCUCCCUUGUCGAUAAGCUUGUUUGAUUGGACUAGAGAAGCAUGUCAGUAUGGAGGAUAUGCUUGCUUGCUUCUUUGACCACGGGACGACAGAACAUGAUCUGUUAUGACAUGAUGGAUGUAAUUGACGAUGACAAUGACUCUCGAGAUAUAGUACUUUAUGUUUGGGUUGUAACACAAUUUCAUUUGACUUUGUUGGUGAUCUUUGCAGGAAUGGCAUAUCAUCAACUGUGAUAAGACAUCUACUUUGAGCGUAAAUCCAAUCAUCAACUGACAAG